UCUUCUAUUGUCAUUCUUCGUAGUUUAUGGCCGAAAGUAAAGGAAGCAUGUUGGCGAAAUCUGUACAAAAACACGCUGGACGUGCCAAAGAAAAGAUUUUACAAAAUUUGGGUAAAGUUGAUCGUACUGCAGAUGAGAUAUUCGAUGAUCAUUUGAAUAAUUUCAAUCGCCAGCAACAAAAUGCCAAUAGAUUACAAAAAGAAUUCAAUAACUACAUUAGAUGUAUAAGAGCUGCACAAAUCGCAUCCAAAUCCUUGAUGGAUGCCAUUUUCGAAAUUUACGAACCCCAAUGGAGCGGUUAUGAUGCUUUAAGUGCACAAGUCCAAUCGGCCGAAUCAUUAUGGCAGGAUUUCUCACACAAAUUGGCCGAUCAAGUAUUGAUUCCAUUGAAUACCUAUACAGGACAAUUUCCAGAAAUGAAGAAAAAAGUCGAAAAACGCAACAGAAAACUUAUCGAUUACGAUAGUCAACGUCACUCGUUCCAAAGUCUACAAGCCAAUGCCAAUAAACGUAAAGAUGAUGUUAAGCUGACCAAGGGCCGGGAACAAUUGGAGGAAGCCAGACGCACAUAUGAACUAUUGAACACCGAAUUGCACGAUGAACUACCGGCCUUGUAUGAAUCGAGAAUAUUGUUUUUGGUAACCAAUUUGCAGACUCUAUUCGCCACAGAACAAGUUUUCCAUAAUGAAACGGCUAAGAUCUACUCCGAACUUGAGGCCAUUGUUGACAAAUUGGCUACAGAAUCACAACGUGGUUCAAAUACCUUGAGAAAAGUGACAUCCAAUGCCAUUAAAGCUUCCAGUCCUGUACAAUCACCAGUCAAACAAAUGAACGAUGCCAACAUCAGCAACAGCAUUCAAUAUCAAAAUACCAAUGGUUCUACCAAUCAUGCCACUACUACCGAUUUGCCACCAGGUGUUCUUUAUCGUGUAAAGGCCACUUAUGGUUAUGUCAAGGAAGAUGUUGAUGAAUUGAGUUUCGAGGUUGGCGAUAUUAUUCGUGUUAUCGAAUACGAUGAUCCUGAGGAUCAGGAGGAAGGAUGGCUGAUGGGUGAGAAGGAAGGUACAAACGAGAAGGGUCUCUUCCCAGCCAAUUUCACAAGGCCCAUUUAGGGGGCAGGCAGUAGAAGAGGCG